CGAGCGAAAGCUUCAGUUCACAAUACCCGAAAGGCAUUAAACGAGGAGGAAGAGGAGAAAGUGGCGCAUCAUGCAGCCUUGGAAGCAAGUCGAAGAAAAAGAGGUACAAAUAGAUAUAAAGACGGGAGGCCAUUUCCACGAAAAGUUCCAUCCGCUGUAUCCAACUGUCAAAGUGCCGGGCAUGAAGAAACUAUUGAAGCUCAGCGGACAGCUCUUGCAGAGAUGAGACAGCGUCUUCAUUAUCUGUCUUCAAAUACAUCUAACGGGAUUUCACCCGAUGAGCUAAUUUCUUUGGAAGAAGCCCAUAGAAGAGAAGUCCUUGGACUUAGACGACAAAUAAAAGAACUUCGGAUUCAGUUAGAAUGCUCUCGAAAGGGUUCAUCACGUUGGAAUAAGGAAUGCUCCAAUUCUACUGGUAACGGUAUUGAAGGUGAUAUAGCCUCUGAUCUAUUCUCAGACAACAACUUGUUUAAAAUUCUAAAGGUACGCUUGAAUUUAGAAGAAAACUACUUUCUUCUUAUACACACCUUCUGCCAAUUCUUCUCUCCUUCUUCUGCAUUGCUGAUUCGUCGUUCCUGUAUAGAUCCAGCAAACUCAGAAUUACGUGAACGUAUCUGGACAGAGCAGCAAAAGUUUGCUGUCAGUGUUAAAGGCAAAUUAAACAUGUUAUUCAAUCAACUUAAAAGAAACGCUAGUACAAUUCAGUCUUACGAGGCGCAGAUGGCUAAAUUGAGAUCUCUCAUUGUGGAAAUUAAGCAGCUUCGAGCAGAGAAGAUGAUAGCUGAAGCAAAGGCCACUGAUAUUGCUAGCACAUCAACGGAGAAGGCAAAGGAGGAGGAGACAGAAGCUGCCUUUGAGAUAAAUGAAGAGCUUCAGAGUCAAUUGAAUGUCGCCAAAAGACAGAUUGACGAACUAACUGACACAGUGAAGAAACUUAAAAGCCAAUUGGCAGACAAGGAGAAGGCUCUGAUAUUUCUCGCAAGAUUGAUUUCAACCCGUUUCAAUAAUUACAUUCUUUCUGUUACAUCUUCAAUGAAGGGAUAUAUUUGUCCCAGUGAUCGUCAAUUGGCUCUCCGAGCUAGUACUUUACCUUCGGAACUGUAUAUGAAUAUUUGUAGAUUGGGGACUGGUUGGUCGACAGUUGCGCUGGCCAACCAAAGGCGGGUAAAUACGCGCCUUUCGAAUGAAGAACUGGACCACAUCUACAGAGUUCUUCAACGUAAUGAUUCCAUCAAUGAGAAAGAAAACCGAAGGGUCAAAUCGAUGCUUCAGCGACUAGAAAACAUGAAAAUGUCCACGGUUCCACAAACCAAAACAACUUGUAGUCUAUGUGGUCACGAAUUUGGACUCCUUCUCAAGUCUUCCGCACAUUGUGCCGAUUGUGGACGUCUCGUCUGUUUGCGUUGUUCGAUGGAAUUUGUAGAAGUUAGUGAGAAAUCCAAACAGAUCCAGGACCCAGCGGAUAUUUCGCCUUCACGUUAUCUCCCACCUGGUUCCACCACAGCUGCUUCUGCUGCAGAAAAAAGAAAUUUUUCAAGAACUGUUCCAAAAUUUUGGGGAUCACAACAAAUGUCGGAGCAAAGAGACAACAUCAACGAUGAAUCUGGGUCACUAGACCAAUCUGCCUUCAAUGGAUCUACUAGAGGUCGGUCGAAGCAUAAGUCGUUCUCCCUGGAACGAAGGCAAUCUCUCUCUCGGAUCUCAAACUUAUUCACCAUUCCAAGAUCUCUGACUCCCAGUACCACAAUCACUCCGACCAGUAAUCGCUACCACCUCUGCAAACUCUGUUGUGAGGCACGCGAGGUGUGGAAACGAUCUGGCGCCUGGUUUCACAAAGGUUUCCCCAAAAGCGGUCUUCAUAGCAGCUGCCCUGCAAGUCCGCUAACUGGGAGAUCCGUCACGACGGCAGAUGGUUGGACCAGUCUACUUGCACGAGGUCCCACAGAAACACUUCCAACUGGAGCAGCGGCUUUGGCAGGUGAUGAAGACUGGACUCGUAUAGAAAAAAGACCUACGGAAACGGGCCCUUCAACUGAAGGUGUAGCAGGUGGGUUUACUGCCACAAGAUACACACCAGAGGGAGUAGUAACUCGAAAGAUUUCAAGAGAAGAGUCCGGCAGCCCACCAGACACAAUUGUUGCCAACUCAAGAAAUGAAGGGAGCAGUAGCACGGGAAGUCCCCUUGGUAUCUUUGACAAUUCACCAUGGAAACAACCACCAGACCAAAAACAAUCUUCUAAGCCUAAUUCCUCACCAACUAGCAAACUUAACCCCAGAGAACCAAGUCCGAUUCACGAAUCUCUUUCACAGAAUAGCCUCCAGGCACUUGAACUUCCACCUCAGCGCGGCAGAGAGUCAAAAAUUCCCAGUCUCUUCCCAGAAACUAAAAUGGCUCUGGGACUUGGAAGUCCUAAUAUCAUUCCUCCCACAUUUGCGCCGCCCCCAGACUUAAAAUUCAAAAGAGAGUCGUCACCGUUUACAAAACCCGCUACUUCCUUUGCCGAAGCUCCCUUGGGAAUUCUCUACUUCUCUGUCAUUCACGAUGUUCCCAACUGCGAACUCCACGUCCGAAUACACAAUGCCAAGAACCUCAUUGCGAUGGAUGCAAACGGUCUCUCUGACCCUUUCGUUGUGUGCCAACUACUUCCAGCUGCAGGAAAACGAUUUCGAACUCGAACCAUUCCGCAGAACCUCAAUCCUAUUUGGAAUGAAACAUAUACCUUCACUGAUUUCGACAAUCGUAAACUGGACAAGAGAGUCCUGAGGUUUGCUGUUUUGGAUGAAGAUAUUUACGGCGCCGAUUGGUUGGGCGAAUACCGGCUUAGUCUUGGUGAAUUGCUCCCUGAUCGACUUUCCGAGUUUGCUGUACCUUUGAAUCCCAGAAAGCCGCUACCCAAAGAAAUAGAUGACCUGGCGAAUCCAACUCGAGGAAAAAUACAAAUAGCACUGCGUUACAUUGAUGAGUCAAAACAGCUCUCCGUUGAGGUUCUUCGAUGUGCAGAGUUGGCACCAAUGGAUCACAAUGGCUAUUCGGAUCCUUUUGUAAAAUUGUAUCUACGACCUGAUAAACAACGAAAAACCAAACAGAAGACCAAAGUUAAGAAGUCAACACUAUUUCCUGAAUUCAAUGAGCAAUUCUAUUUUAACAUGGACGCUUUGGAAGUUAAUAAACGUACUCUUGAAAUCACGGUUUGGGAUUUCGAUCGAGGGGUGACCAAUGAUUUCAUCGGAGGACUAACCUUGGGGGCAAAGGCCAAAGCUGAACGAAGAGAAGUGUGGCAAGCUGUAUUUCGUCCGCCUUAUAGACGAUUUGAAGCCUGGUUCCAACUGGCCUCACGAUCCGAUAUUGAUUGUCCAGGAAACGAAUCUCAAGAUGGAUCAGAAAACCUUAGCAACCACACCCCCACUCCAGGCAUCUGCGAUUAG